AGUCAUCUCCGAAGGGCGGUGACUUCUGAUGCACGCGAGCAGAAAUCGGGAGGAAUGUGGUGAACCCUAGACUGCUUUGAGUGCCUUUUGUCUUUGUAUCUGAACGUUUUUAAUACACUGUUCCAUCGUCCUUGGGAAAAAAACUAGUAAUCACACAUUCUGUAUAGCUUUAUAAAGCCUUCGUUCCGGAAAAACAUGGGGAAUUGCCACACGGUAGGACCAAACGAAGCCUUGGUGGUAUCAGGUGGCUGCUGUGGCUCUGAUGGGAAGAGCUAUACAGUGGGCGGCUGGGCCUGGGCAUGGUGGCUUAUCACCGACAUUCAGAAGAUAACCCUUGAGAUUAUGACCCUGCAACCCAAGUGUGAGGAUGUAGAGACAGCGGAGGGGGUAGCUAUUACUGUCACAGGUGUGGCACAGGUGAAGGUCAUGACUGACAAUGAGCUGCUGGGUUAUGCCUGUGAACAGUUCCUGGGCAAGACCGUGGCAGAGAUUAAAAGUGUCAUUCUGCAGACGCUGGAAGGUCACUUGCGCUCUAUUCUGGGGACUCUGACUGUGGAGCAGAUCUACCAGGAUAGGGAUCAGUUUGCCAAGCUGGUGAGGGAGGUGGCGGCACCUGAUGUGGGCAGGAUGGGCAUUGAGAUCCUAAGCUUUACUAUCAAGGAUGUGUAUGAUAAGGUGGAAUAUUUGAGCUCCUUGGGGAAAUCCCAGACUGCUGCUGUUCAGAGAGAUGCUGACAUUGGUGUAGCUGAAGCAGAGAGAGACGCUGGAAUCAGGGAAGCAGAAUGUAAGAAGGAGAUGAUGGAUGUUAAAUUCCAGGCCGAUACAAGAAUGGCAAACUCAAAGAGAGAGCUGGAGAUGCAGAAGGCUGCCUUCAACCAAGAAGUGAACACAAAGAAAGCUGAGGCGCAAUUGGCCUAUGAGCUCCAGGCAGCCAAGGAGCAGCAGAAGAUCAGACUGGAGGAGAUUGAGAUCGAGGUGGUUCAGAGGAAGAAGCAGAUCACCAUUGAGGAGAAAGAGAUCCUCAGGACAGAUAAAGAGCUGAUCGCCACCGUGAGGAGACCAGCUGAGGCUGAAGCCUACAAGAUGCAGCAGCUCGCAGAGGCACAGAAAAUAAAGAAGGUGUUGACGGCACAGGCUGAAGCGGAGAAGAUCAAGCGUAUUGGAGAAGCAGAGGCCGGCUCCAUUGAGGCUGUGGGUAAAGCCGAAGCUGAGAAGAUGAGGCUCAAAGCUGAGGCCUAUCAGCAGUACGGAGAGGCUGCAAAGACUGCCCUCGUCCUGGAGGCUCUGCCAAAGAUUGCUGAACAGGUGGCAGCACCCUUGAGUCGUACCAAUGAGAUUGUGAUCCUGAGCGGCGACGGUGGCCGUAUAACUGGGGAAGUGAAUCGUCUGUUGGCUGAACUGCCGGUGUCUGUAAACGCCCUCACAGGGGUGGAUCUCUCCAAGAUCCCUUUGCUUCAGAAAAUGACCAAUCCUCAAGCUUGAACAUGCUUCUUCCACUCUGCUGCCUUUCCAACACUCCCACAUUGAUUGCCUUGAAAAGAAACAUAAGCUGUUGUCUUUUUACAGAAAUAAGGAAUUGGUUUUUUUAGACCCCCUGGUGCCUUACCUCUGCAGGACCAGAAUUUCUGCAUGUGCUCUUGUUUUCGUCACUUAUAUCUUUUUUGUUUGUUUGUUGAAACAACAUACCUCAAUUAUUGUUAAUCGCAUAACUAUUUCAUAAAAUUCACUAGUGGGAAGCUGCAGAUGUGUGUGUAUCUAGUGAUUUAGAGUAUCUAAAAGUAUUUCCAUUUGACUGGGUAGCUAAGAUUGUAUUCAGUUACGCUUAUGCGAUGUACUGUAUGAAGAUAUAUAGAAGUAUAGAGUAGAAUAGCUGUUAGGUUUGUUACAGCAUGUUUAUUGGAUUGAUCAACUGGGCCAUUGAAAUCAUUCAUCAUUGUGAAGACAUUUCUGUUCAGGUCAAAUAGUGACAGGAGUAAGGAGAACUGACUUAGUUUAUCUAAUCAAUGCAUUUAAACAUGGGUUCAUUUGUAAACAUCUUUUUGUAUAGGUCAGACAGGAAGCACUGUAGUAUUGUUUUUAAAGUAGGAUGAAAACUAUCAAUUUUGUAUUUUUUUUUUUUUUCAACUUUGCUUUUAGCGUUGUAGGUUGUAUCACGAGUUCACUAUGCAGUUGUUCAUCUAAAACUACGCCAUGUUAUUCAUAAUCAUAUCUGUAUGUAUGUUCUUUGAGAAUGUUUUGCCUAUUUUUGGAUAACAAGUACUGGUCCAAAUGCAUUUUUACCGAGACACCAAGCAAAGGCCAAAUCACGCUGAAUUUAGCAGGGCUUUAAAAAGUCUAAAUCUUUAUUUUUUCGUUGCAGAAAUCCUCUGAUAUAAUUUACCUCACCCGAUGUUUAUGCAGAUUAUGAAGCUUUGGUCCUCUACCAUUAGCUGCAUGUAAGCAAGACUGACAGUACAGAACCCUGUGCCCUCUUUUGUUAAAUCUAAAGAUUGAUACUGUGCAGAUUAAAUUGAACAUCUACCAUGUUCAUAGCUCUGUGCCUUACAGAGUUUUUCCCAUAUUGAAUAACUUAUUUUUAAUUCAGUGAUGCAGCUUGAUUAUAACGGGUCUUCUCUUCUUUCUUUGUUUUUUGUUUUAACCAUGAUAUUUUAAAUAAUGUCACAUGUAUUCUUUGUUCCUAAAGUGCUAAUUAUCAUCAUCAUCCAGAUUGUAAGAGCUCUGUCAGGUAUAUGUGAAUUAACUCUGCUUAAACAAUUUUUUACCCCCAUUGAGAGCGACUAUAUAUGAAUGUUUUGUUGUCUUCUGAUUUUCAGCUUGCUAUUGGGUUAUGAAAAUACAAAUCAAUUUGCCAAGCGUCAGUAGGUCAAACAGUAUAUCCGGAUUUAUCUUACAUUGCUGCUGAAUCAUAAAUGAUUGGGUCUUUUGCUCAUUGGUAAUCAGAUGCCAAAUAUAACUUUUUUUUUAUUUUUUUUAUAACAGUACACUUUGGCAAAAUAAUUUGUGAACGAAUGUUCUUCGUCAGAAACAAGUUCAUACAAAUUGAUGAUCAAUUUUCAUACAUCAAAAUAAAGUGUGUUUGUUAUUUUACAUCAAUAUCUGUUUCAGCUGGGAAAAGGGGAACUGCUUUAAACAUGUAGCCAUUGUUUUUAAGAUGUUGCACACAUUUAAAAUCAACUUCAGGCUUCGGAAAACUUUUCUAUGCUUAAUCAAACUAACGAGAGCUGAUGUUCUAGAGUUGUGUGAUGUUUCCAUCACUAACAAUUAUACUGAGAGUGAUAUAUAGCAGUGCAUAUAGUCAAUGCCUAUAGCUUGUUGUAAAAUAAAUAUACAAUAUAUGUAUCUUAUAAGAAAUCUGUUUCUGAUCAGUCAAUAAAAUCAUCUUGAUUUGA